AUGUGGUCAGCAGCUUGCGUAGUCGCAUUUGCUGGACUGUUAGUAAGCGUGUAUAUUGUUACGCGGCGCAAAUCAAUUUCAGCCUUGCCACUGCCACCAGGCCCUAAGCCAUUGCCGAUAAUUGGCAACACCCAUCAAGCUCCUAAGUCACAUGGCUGGAGAACAUAUUGCGAAUGGAACAAACAGUAUGGGCCGAUUGUCUAUGUCAACAUGCUUGGCCAGUCUAUCAUCAUUUUGUCUACAAAUGAAGCAGCCCAUGACGUCUUGGCGAAGCGGGGAGCUGUAUGUUCAGACCGACCUCGUCUUUUUUUGGCGACGGAGCUGGCCUUGAAAGGAUUAAAUAUCCUUAUGAUGAAUUAUACCGAGCAAUUUCGACAACAUCAGAGGCUACAGUCCUCAGUGCUGAACGCGACUCAGGUAGCUGCAUAUCUUCCCUUCCAGACUAUGGAGUCGCAUCAAUUGAUGUACGACCUGCUGGACAGUGCGGACAGGGUUGGUAUUGAUGUUCGGGGUCUUUUUCACCGCACAACUGCCAGCAUUAUUCAUACAUUGCUGUAUGGCUUUCGUAUCAAAGACCACAAUGACCCGCUGGUUCAAGCUAUUGUUGAGGCCAAUAAUGAGUUCUCAGAGUUUAUACAGGUCGGCGCACACAUUGUUGACCAGUUCCCUGUACUUAACAAUCUACCCGGUUUCUUAGCCCCUUGGCAAGCAAAAGCUGAGAAUCACUACACGACCAAAUAUAACAUGCGCAAUAAAAAUCUUCAGCGUGGUCUAGAUUCAGAUUCGUGGAAUAUAUCAAAGCAGCUCAAGAAGACUCUCGAAAAAGAUAGCCUUGCGAUGUCUAUGUAUGAGCUGGCAUUCGACCUUGGCACUUUGAUUGACGCUGGGCUAGAUGGAACUACAGAUAGUUUGUUCUGGUUUGUGGUAGCGUGUAUCACGCAAGAUCGGGGCUUCAUAGCCACUGCACGCAAAGAGCUGGACGCUGUUGUGGGGCGCGAUCGAUUCCCAGUUCCAGAUGAUAAGCCCAACCUACCGUAUGUCACUGCUAUCGUCGAGGAGGUAUUACGUUGGCGACCCGUUGUCCCAGAGGGAGUCCCUCAUUUAAAUAAAGAGGAGAUAUCUUACAACGGAUAUACUAUUCCUAAGGGAUCUAUCAUCAUGGCCAAUGUAUGGGCAAUUUCCCGGGAAGAGGCUUUGUUUGGCCCGGAUACUGAUAAUUUUAUACCAAAUCGCUGGCUCAAGGAGGACGGCAAAACACUCAAAGAUAUCCCGUCUUCCGCCUUCGGUUAUGGAAGACGGAUAUGUCCUGGCCGGUAUUUCGCCCGUGAUAUCAUCUGGGUCGUUGUCGCGCAACUACUAUGGUCAUUCGAUAUCAAGGCUGGCUUGUCUGAGACAGGCGAGCUCGUCCCAAUUGAUCCUCUAGCGUGCACCUACGGCUUCGUCAUGCGGGCUUUGCCUUUCAAGGCUUCAUUUCACCCUCGUGGCUCUUGGGUGCAUGAAGUGAUUACCAGAGAUGGUGAUACUUACAGUAAAGAUCAUGCGGCUAUACUCGACCAAAUUGGAGCAAAAGCUGGAUUUUCACCCUUACGAACAAUAAAGGCUCUUCCACCUUCUCAUGCGGCAUGGGACCAACUUGCUGCUGCAUUACCACACCUUGUCAAAACACAGACUGUCCGAGAAACUGUCACCAAAAUGCCACUUCUUGACGCUUCUGCCAAAGCUUUGCCCGAACUCUAUCUCCAGCGGGCUGCCACCAUUCUCGGAAUGACGGCUCAUGCCUUUGUUCGCCUGGAAGGAAGCGAGCCUCUUACAUUGAAAUAUGAUCGCCAUAGCGAUAUACUACCGGCAUCACUUUUUAUUCCGUGGGCUAUCGUGUGCGAACGUCUUGGGCGAUCAACUCCAGCUCUUACCUUAAUUGAUAUGAUGGUAGCAAAUUUUACAUCAACUAGCUUGUCAUAUAGCGAUGUGACGCUUGAAAAUUUGGAGUUGCUCGUUCCAACAGUCGGCAACGUAGAAGAGCGUACGUUCUUUGGAGUAAUGAUCGAAAUGAACGCUAAAGCAAUACCAAUCCUCCAUCAGAUCAUUGAGGCUCAAAGAUCUGUCUUGGCUCGAAACUCUUCUUCGCUAAAAGAUGCAAUACGAAAUCUCCACACACUAACUAAACAGAUCACCAGAACCCUAGAGAAGGUCCAUGUGAAUCGAUCUCACAAGGGUCAUAUUGAUCCUCUAAUUUGGACGGUCACUGUAGCAAAUCUGGGAAUCCCUUGGCUGAAAGAUGUGGUAGGGGCUGCAGGCACAGCGCACCCCUUCUUUCACAUGAUGGAUGAAUUAACUGGACGGUCUGAAUAUCAGACAGGUAUCGGCAAAGAAGCGAAAGCUGUUCGAGCCAUAUAUCCCAUCCACUGGCGACAGUUCCUUGAGGCUAUCAGGGAGGUUUCUAUCACGGAGUACAUCAUUACCUCGAAGGAUAGAGAAUUGAUAGAAAUCUGGAAUGCUUUUACAUCCUCAUACCAUAGUAAAGACGGUCUAUUGGGAGUUCAUCGGAGAAAAGUGUUGGGUUUCCUCGCUGUCUCGUUCAGAAUCGGUCGAGAUACAACUAUCAAUGGUCUAGGCCGCAGGUGCAGGAAUCAGCCUUGGCUAGAAGCCGAUCAGGAAUUGGAAAAGGCACGUCUAGAACGGAGAUGUCUCGAUCAAGAUGAACACUUGACGAGUUUCAGACCCAGUUCAGAUAAGUUAUAUAUGUCCGAACUCAUAAAACACAAUUCGGAAAAAAUUGGGUAUUGGUUUUCGGCAGAAGGCAGUGUUUACAAUGCGAGCACGUUUAUGCAGAGGCACCCAGGUGGUGAUACCUUGAUCGAGCUAAGCAGCGGCCAAGACAUAACUGACAGCUUGAAGGCAGUCGGCCAUCUGUCAAACCCUUCAAUUCGCAACAAACUUAAGACGUAUCGUAUCGGGACCCUGGAAUACCCCAGGUUUGCUUCUCCAAGAGCAGAAGAUGCCUACUUAACCGCCGCUGAUCUUGGUCAAAAGGUAGCUGAAAUGGAAAAUGUACACCGGAGGAAUUUUCAGUUGUUAAAUGGUAAAAUUACAGCGCUGGACGAACCUGAGGUUCUGACACCCAAGAAGGCGGGCCACAUACUUGAUGCAAAGAGAAGACUACAGAAUGAACACGUGCCGGCAUUAGCGAUGCUCUUAGAGACCCUACUCGACGAUAUCGCGAAACUGAUUAAGAACCUCGACCUGAGGACUAUUCGAGCGCAAAUUUUCGAUCUUGUUUCGCGAGAACGAAAGGUAGACACUACAACCUCGCUCUCAUCCUAUAAAAUGGCAGUAGAUAUACUGCUUUUAGACUUGAGUUGCUUGACUCAGAUAAAAGAGCUUAUUACUUCGAUUAUUAAAACUUUCGAAGACGCUGACUUUAUGUAUUCUGAGCAAAGUCGAUUUGAAUUAAUAAAAGAUUUAGAUAGCAUAGCGAGUCUAUUAGUAUAUUUGGCAAGAAAAUAG